ACCAAACCUAACCGUAACUUGUGGUUGGAAAGUGGAACCUGGGAACCCAAUAUGUAAUGCCCAUUUCGAGUCGGGUCAUAGAAGGUUUUCCCAAUAAUAGUCGGCGUAGCUCCAGGGACCGUGGACCUGCUAUUUUCCCCUCUCUCUCUCUCUCUCUCUCUCUCUCAGCUCUCGAGUCUCAUCAAUUCUCAGAAAAAAAAAAAAAAUGAACAGCGCGAUGAAAACGGCUCUCCUAAACUCAAAACUGAACUACUCGAAUUAUGUGAGGAGUGCCCUGUUUCAUUCAACCCCUGUGUUGGAUCGUAAAAGACGCAACAACAACUGGGAAUCAUUUAGAAGCCACAACUAUUCAAAAAGGUCCAGAAGGAUACAUGCAAAACAAACAUUAUUGCGCAAUGUCAAUGAUUAUGCAGACUUCCUAUUUCAGAAAUGGCAGAAUCCGUAUGAUUUGAACGAGCCAUCUUCAAAUAGAGGCACUUCAUGGUUUAAAAAGCAAUACUCAGCGAAGGGCUCCAAAAAGAAAUGGGGAAGCAAUCAAGGAGCCUCCAGCUGGGGCAGAAGAGGUUUCGAGUUUUGUGAAGAUUAUGUAGAUGUAGAGACCAUUUUCCAGUCCAGGUUUGGUGGGAGUGGAUUCUUUUACUGGUCAUUUGUCAAUGAAGAUGAUUCACAGCGGAGAAGCUCUUCAAAUUACUCUAAUCACUCUGGGAGAUCAUGGAGUUGGAGACAUCGUAAUGAGGAACAAUACGAAUCUGAGUCUGACGAUUCGGAGUCAGAUGAGAGGUUGGCCCUUGGAUUGAGUGCUGCAGGCCCUCUGAAACUUGAAGAUGUCAAAAAUGCAUAUCGAACCUGUGCACUGAAAUGGCAUCCAGAUCGUCACCAGGGCUCUUCCAAGGCUGCUGCAGAGGAAAAGUUCAAGCAUUGCAGCGCAGCUUAUCAAUCUUUAUGUGAUAAAUUGGCUGUGAAUUGAGGGUUCCCCAACUCUACUAGUUUGGUUAAACUGCAGAUGCUAUUAGUCUGGUAGAUGUAACAUAUCAUCGCAACUGAAUGAAGAUGUAGUUCUUUUAGGCUUGAACCCCAGAUGACCUUCGGAAGGUUGGUGGUUCUACCUUUAGGGUCACCAUGGGAAAAGGUAACUGAAAUUCGUAGUUGAAAUCUUUUAAUGAAACAGCCAGAGAAUAGGGAUGCCUCUAUGUUGGUCGAAGGGGCAGCAGGCUGGUGCAAUAAUCAUCCAAUGGUGGCGGUAGCAGGCGACUUUUCAUUGCUAGAAGCCUAGAAGUAUGGAGGCAUUCUUUUAAUUCAUAUGUUUAUUGAGGUUGUAACAAUAAUUGUACUUUUCCUUAUUUUCAACAAGGUAUAAAAGAUCGAUCUUGGUGAAUCA